AUGCCGUCACCAGAUGUGGGAAUGGGUCCGUGUGCAGGAAUUCGGGAGGCUUAUGUUCCUGAGGAAGAAUUGAAGGCAGCAGAAAUAGAUGAAGAAAACGUGGAGGAGGAUGGACUGUCUCUGGGCAUUCAGGAGGGCGACUACGUGUGCAAUGAAGAGACGGAGAUCAAAGAGGCCCAGAGCUGCCAGAACUCCCCGGUCAGCACUGCGACGAAUCAGGAUGCCGGCUACGGGUCGCCUUUCAGCGAAAACAGCGACCAGCUAGCCCAUUUCAAAAGCUCUUCCUCCAGAGAAGAGAAGGAGGAUCCGCAGGGUCCAGACAGCGUCUCCUACCCCCAGGACAGCUUGGCACAAAUCAAGGCUGUGUAUGCAAACUUAUUCUCGGAGUCCUGCUGGUCCAGCUUAGCUCUGGAUUUAAAGAAGUCCAGUUCGACCACCAGCAACAAUGAUGUCGGCCAGAAGGAGGGCUCCACCCCCGCCCCCACGCCCCCCACCAGUACCACGGGGACCACCGGGACCACGGCGAGCACCCCCAGCUCCAGCUCCGGCUCUGGCUCCAGCUCCAGCACCAGCACCAGCACCAGCACCAGUGGCAGCGGCGGCUCGGGCUAUGACUGGCAUCAGGCCGCCCUGGCCAAGACGCUGCAGCAGACGUCGCCCUACGGGCUGCUCCCCGAGCCCAGCCUCUUCAGCACCGUGCAGCUCUACAGGCAGAACAACAAACUCUACGGCUCUGUGUUCACCGGCGCCAGCAAGUUCCGGUGCAAAGACUGCAGCGCCGCCUACGACACGCUGGUGGAGCUGACGGUGCACAUGAACGAGACGGGCCACUACCGCGACGACAACAGGGACAAGGACUCCGAGAAGACCAAGCGGUGGUCCAAGCCCAGGAAGCGCUCCCUGAUGGAGAUGGAAGGGAAGGAAGACGCCCAGAAAGUGCUCAAGUGCAUGUACUGCGGCCACUCUUUCGAGUCGUUGCAAGACCUGAGCGUCCACAUGAUCAAGACAAAGCAUUACCAGAAAGUGCCUCUGAAGGAGCCAGUACCAGCCAUCACCAAACUGGUCCCUUCUACCAAAAAGCGAGCACUCCAGGACCUGGCGUCCCCUUGUUCUCCCGAGCCGGCAGGAAUUGCUGCAGAAGCUGCGCUCAGUGAGUCGGCCAAGGAUCAGAAGACCGCCAACCCGUAUGUGACGCCAAACAACCGCUACGGCUACCAGAACGGUGCCAGUUACACCUGGCAGUUCGAGGCCCGUAAAGCGCAGAUCCUCAAGUGCAUGGAGUGCGGCAGCUCGCAUGACACCUUGCAGCAGCUCACCGCCCACAUGAUGGUCACUGGCCACUUCUUGAAAGUGACCACCUCUGCCUCCAAGAAAGGGAAGCAGCUGGUGCUGGACCCCGUGGUGGAAGAGAAGAUCCAGUCCAUACCUUUGCCCCCCACCACGCACACCCGGCUCCCCGCCUCCCACAUCAAAAAGCAGCCUGACUCUCCUUCGGGGUCCACGACCUCGGAAGAGAAGAAGGAUCCAGAGAAGGAGAAGGCACCGGUGGCCAGUGAUGCAGAGAAGAAGAUCAAGGAGGAGAGUGAGGAUGCCUCCGAGAAGUUUGAGCCCACCACCCUCUAUCAGUACCUCCGUGAGGAGGACCUGGACGACAGCCCCAAGGGGGGGGUGGACAUUCUGAAGUCCCUGGAGAACACGGUCUCCACUGCCAUCAGCAAAGCCCAGAAUGGCGCACCCUCGUGGGGUGGCUACCCCAGCAUCCAUGCAGCCUACCAGCUCCCUGGCACCGUGAAGCCGCUGCCGGCUGUGCAGAGUGUGCAGAUGCAGCCAUCCUAUGCCAGCAGUGUGAAGUCCCUGUCCUCAGAGCACAACGCGCUCCUGCACUCUCCAGGGAGCCUCACACCGCCGCCCCACAAGAGCAAUGUGUCGGCCAUGGAGGAGCUGGUGGAGAAGGUCACCGGCAAGGUCAGCGUGAAGAAGGAGGAGAGGCCUGCAGAGAAGGAGAAGGGCUCCCCGGCCAAGGCUGUGUCCCCCGUGGCCAAAGAGAAUAAGGAUUUCCCUAGAACGGAGGAAAUCAGUGGCAAACCACAGCAGAAGAAGGGCCCUGACGUGGAGGUGGGGAAGGCCAAAAGGGAGGGCGCGGUGGACGCCCACACCCCAAAUGGCACCGAGCCUCUCAAAGCCAAAGUCACCAAUGGCUGCAAUACCCUGGGGAUCAUCACGGACCACUCGCCGGAGCCCUCCUUCAUCAGCCCGCUGAGCGCGUUGCAGUCCAUCAUGAACACCCACUUAGGCAAAGUGUCGAAGCCUGUGAGCCCCUCGCUGGACCCGCUGGCCAUGCUGUACAAAAUCAGCAACAGCAUGCUAGACAAUCCCGUCUACCCCGCCACCCCCGUCAAGCAGGCCGACGCCAUCGACCGCUACUAUUACGAGAACAGCGACCAGCCCAUCGACCUGACCAAGUCCAAAAGCAAGCCCCUGGUGUCCGGCGCGGCCGACGCCGUCUCGUCGCCUCUCCGGGAGAGCGCCCUCAUGGACAUCUCGGACAUGGUCAAAAACCUCACGGGCCGGCUGACCCCCAAGUCCUCCACGCCCUCCACGGUGUCGGAGAAGUCGGACGCCGACGGCAGCAGCUUUGAGGAGGCCCUGGAUGAGCUGUCACCUGUUCACAAGAGGAAGGGCCGACAGUCCAACUGGAACCCCCAGCACCUGCUCAUCCUGCAGGCACAGUUCGCCUCGAGCCUGCGGGAGACCCCAGAAGGUAAGUACAUCAUGUCGGACCUGGGCCCUCAGGAGCGGGUGCACAUCUCCAAGUUUACCGGGCUCUCCAUGACCACCAUCAGCCACUGGCUGGCCAACGUGAAGUACCAGCUGAGGAGGACCGGGGGGACGAAGUUCCUGAAGAACCUGGACACGGGGCAUCCUGUUUUCUUCUGCAACGAUUGUGCCUCUCAGUUCAGAACUGCCUCCACGUACAUAAAUCAUCUAGAGACACAUUUAGGCUUCAGCUUGAAGGAUCUCUCCAAGCUGCCACUAAAUCAGAUUCAAGAACAGCAGAAUGUUUCAAAGGUCCUGGCUAACAAAGCUCUGGGCCCCGUGGGGGCCACCGAGGACGACCUGGGCUCCACAUUCCAGUGUAAGCUCUGCAACCGGACCUUUGCGAGCAAGCACGCGGUGAAACUGCACCUUAGUAAGACCCACGGCAAGUCCCCGGAGGACCACCUGAUCUAUGUGACAGAAUUGGAAAAACAGUAGCGUCCAGGUACGCAAGGGACCCCGGCACAUUGCACUAACCACGUCCUACUGCACUAGGCCUGGCCUGAGCCUCCGAAAUCAGCCUUUCCUUGGUUGCCGAACUGCCUGUCUGGACCUUGGUUUUUCUUACGCAUAUUUUGUAGUUAUAUUUAUAUGCUCUUUGUCCGAUUGUGCAUGUUAUUUUUCUUUUUCCGUGAGUCAAAGUCUGACCUUUAUUUUCAACAUCUGUUCUUGAUGUUAAGCUAUCUUUUGUAGGAAAUAGUGGGGCACACGACUGGGAGACAUUUAUUUAGCAAGAAAGAGAGACACAAAUAACAAUGACAAAAAGACAUCCUAAAAUUACAAAGUUGCCAUGACAAUAAAGGUCAUAGAACCUAGUAGUGUUGAAUUUAACACUUUGAGGACUGUAAUCGCAUUUCUGUGCCUUUCACUCAAAAAAAAAAAAAAAAAAGGAAAUAAAGGCUUAAAGGCAUUUCAUUCAGAUCAAAAGCUGUGUCAGACACAAAACUUAUUUAAUAAUUAAAAAAUGAGCUUUUAUAUGCAGAACUGGUUUGUGAAGGAAACAUGCAUGCAGCUGUUGGAAGACAGAAAGUUGUCUAGGACUCGCGGGGUUAGGAAGCCACAACUUUACACGUUUAAAACAAAAAGCAAAACAAAAAAACCCAACAACAACAAACACCCCAUUUGCCACUAUGCCCAAACCCUCUGGAUGCUGAAAAAUGCCACUUUUGGCAAAAAAAAAAAGUAUGCAAGCUAUUAUUUAAAAAUGUGUAAAAAUGCUAUUUCCUUUUUCCUGUAAAAUACUGCGGUUUAUAGUUAUUUACAAAUGUAAGCUUUGGUACAAGCUGACCUUUCUAUAGCGUGCUGCAUUGGUAAAUGAAAAAAAAUCGGGCACACGUCGGAGUCCUUUCCUUGUAAAUUGCCAGCAUCAGCUUAAAAACUCCUACAUGUUACAUAUCGUACCAUUUUAAUCUAUUCAACUUUCUUUGUACCUUCUGGCUGUAUGCUUUCUCUUUUAACUUUUUAUAUUGUCAUUUUAUAUUAAAUUUCUGUGUACAUAAUGUAAAACCACAAUUUUUGAAUAAAAUUUAGUUCCUGCAGCUUGAUUUAAAUAGAGAAAUUUUACUGGCACCUGCAUCUUUCCAGAUGCAUGUAUAUCAGACAAAAAUAAAUAAAUGAAACAAAGCAAGCAAUGCACUAUUAAUUAUACGUUUUGAUGUUCUAUCAUUAAUAUUGUACAGUACGUUUUGGUUCACACAAUUAAAUCCACUGUUUUCUCAAAUGUAAAAUAAACCCACGUGCAGUUCUUGAUUUA